AGAGACUUAAGGUUCAGCUGAGGACGUAGCUAAAGUUUAACUAGUGCUAAGUUUAUCUUCCAUAGAUGCCAUGCCUUCCGUAUGUGCUGCCGAUUAAACGCAUUAUUUAUUUAUUUAAACCCAGAAUCAAAGUAUGCCAACGUCAAGUCGAAUAAUCAGUUUGGGUUUACACAGAAAUUGAAAGUCUCGCGGGGAACACACCAGAAAAGGGACACACAUACGAAUAUGGCAAACAUUGGACACUUUAUAGAUAGGAAUGCCGAUAUGCGGGCAGCAGGUUUGUCCUCGAUUAGGAACACUGGGGCCGACACGGAACGCGUCCAGGAUUGCUUUGUCUUCGGUCAUCCGGAGGAGAAGGCCGAGGCGAUGAUACGUGACGAAUGCAGGCGUUUGUUGGUCAAGCCAACUGGUCCACGCACCCCGAUCAUACCGUGCAUUACCGUCGGAGAUCUGCUCAGUACGGAGCUGAAGAAGUCACGCUUCAUGGCAUUCAAGGAGAAGUUCUCCGAGGACAUGUACUUCAGAAAGCCAAAGUUGGGCGAAAUCACGCCGGCCCACUCCAAGCCCGACAGUGUGACCAAUGAGAGUCGCAUCUUUGGACGGUCAUCCAGCAUUCCGGAGCCCCUGUACGACAUUAUAAUGCCACCGAAGCGAGCGGAGCAGGUCAAUCGGGAGUUUGGUGACUUCCACCAGCAACGCAUCAUCAGCCACAAUCACUACUUCCCCUCGGAGAAGAUCAAUCGCAAAUAUGAAAAGCCCUUUGACCCCCUGAGCACUUUUGGGCAACAGACCGCAUUCGAUGGCAUCGGACUGAUGGUGAAACGCUGCCUGAAGCAGGACGACGGCGACGAUCACCAUGUGGUGAUAGUGCGCAAGCCGCAAAUGAACUUUAUCGAUCGCACCUACGGCCCAUUGGGCUUGAAGUACAAAAAAUAUCCGUAUGAUGUGCCAGACAUGAUGCAUGGCCUGCGGCGAGAAACGGCCAAGUGUGAUGUCAAAAUGCUGCUCGAGAACACCACGCCCCAUACGAGCAACGAAAAGCUGGUGAAUGCCUUCACCCAUUUGAACAUUUUGCGCCAGUCGCUGCAUAAGCGCCCCAACUUUCACAUGUUCGAUCUGAUCUCAUUGCUGGAGAAGACGGACAAGGAGCGCACGGGAUACCUGCCGCUGGCGCUGAUCAUCGACAUCAUGCACAAGCUUCACAUUCGCGUGGACGCCCAGAAGAUGCGCACCGCCGUGGGGCACUUUCGAAUGCUCAUCGACGAGGGCUGUGCCACGGAGCGCAUCAGCUACGAGGAAUUUUGCCGGCUCAUCUCCAUUCAGGUGCCAUUGCCAGCAACUGGUAACAUUUCGACGAUGCCCGAGAAUAACUACAACAAGGAUACCACCUAUCGCCUGCUCUGCGCCGAUCUCAAGAAGACGCCCAACAAGGGUCGCGUGGAGCGAAAGCACAAGCUGACGCCCGAGCAGCAGGACGCCGAGAACACUCACGUGCAGGAGCUAAUAUAUCCCGAUCUGGCUAUCCUGUCCGGCCUGGGGCCCAGCGACUUUAAGCGCCUGCGACCCAAAGACCAGCUCGAGACUAUUUUCAAGGACAUCGUGUCCAAAGAUGAGUUCGAACGCAUCUGGCUGCAACUGAUGGCCGAUCAUGCGGAUCAGCAGGAGUUGUUUUCGGUGGUGCAGUUCAAGGCACUGGUGGGGAAAACAAUAUUGCGUGAAGAGGAGCCCACAUAGAUUAUCUUAGGGAUUACAUUCAAUUCAAUUAUUAGAUUAUGUAGAUGAAAAAUUAAAUAUGUCCAGCAAAUGCUCUCAAGCCUGA